UGCGCAGUAACUAUCAUUACAAGUGAAAACAUGUAACUAAAACUACACAUCUCUUCGACAAGAUUGAUUUUUCAAGCAUGUGCAACCCUUUUCUCCCUCUUAUAACGUAUAGUUGAAAGUAUUGCAUUGUAUUUGCGGCGAUCAUGCGCAAAUUUUCUACUGUCACUAUAAUCGAUAGGAUGUGCUCAGUCAUUCGCGCGCCUUCGGUACGGCAGCAUGAGGAAGAUUCCGAUGUGGCCCAAUGCAAACCACGAGAAAGAUGUGAUUGACACAUUGAUAUGGAACCAAUGGCUAUUGCGAGUUAUUGGUAUCUGGCCGUUAGUAUAUCCGAAUACCACGAGGAUCGAAAAGAUCUUAGCAAUGUUCUCGUUCGCAUUGUGCUGGACGGUGCUCAGUUUAUUUCUGAUACUAACGAGCAUAUACACCUUUACGGACCGAAGUGUCAUGGGUGAGAAAAUAAAAAUGCUAGGUCCGUUGGGUUACGUAUUCUUUUCUAUGCUGAAGUAUUUAUUCCUGGUAAUACGUCAUAAAAGCUUUCGACGAUGCAUUAAAAUUCUCACCAAGGAUUGGUGCAUGGUUCAAGAUGAGUACCAUCGGGAAAUUAUGUUAAGAGACGCGGAAAAGGGCCACAUAUUAUCCAAAUUUUGUAUAGUGUUUAUGUAUUGCGGUGGUCUCUCUUACAACACGAUAAUGCCGUUCCUAUCACAAAGACCUGACAUCGAGCAGAAUAUUACCGUUCGACCAAUGGCCUACCUCGGCUUUGAUAUUCUAUUCGACUUGCAAUUAAUGCCAGUUUAUGUAUUCGCAUUUUGUCUGCAAUGCUUCACUGGCGUCGUCAUGUUUAACAUCACUACAUCGGUCUGUUGCUUAGCAGCCAUGUUCGUGGCCCAUGCAUGCGGUCAGAUCGACAUCGUGUUAGCUCGCGUGAAAAAUCUUGUCACAGUGGAAUGCAAUCGUGUAAAAUUUAAACAAUGUAUGGCGAUUACUGUGCAACAUCAUGUGCGAGCGUUGAGAUUUUCAGCCAGCAUCGAGAAUACUUUUCGCGAAAUAUGUCUUAUCGAGAUGGUGGGAACGACAUUGAUAAUGUGUUUGAUAGAAUAUUCUCUAAUAACGUGUAGCAAAGUUGGACAUACAUCAUAUAAGAUUGAAUGGUAUAAUUUACCGGAAAAAACCGCUCUUGAUCUCAUGUUAAUGAUCACUAUGUCUCGUCAUCCGACACAAAUUACUGCUGGAAAAUUAAUAAGUCUUUCCUUUACUAAUUUUGGUAAUGUAAGUACAUGUCAUAUCAUUAUAUUUAAAACAAAAAUAUAA